AGUGACAAGGUCUUUCCUUGUCUGCGUCGUAUUCGUUUUCAUCACAGAUCAGUAUAGUCGAUGUGCCUUCUUUCCACUGCAUUAAUAAAAAACGAAAUAGUUUAAAACACCUACAGUCAUGCGUUUUUUAUCCUUUCUGUUGCCAGCAUUGAAUUUUUGUUAUUGUAAUUUAGUCAGCGAUGACAAAAAUAAAUGAAAUAGGUUAAUUAUCUUCGUCCUAUUGAGCUGCUAUCAAAAAUGACAGAGAUUACAGAAAAAUGAAAAAUAAACACAUACAUAUGUAAGAAUCGUCUCUUCGAUCAUACUCAAAUAUCCAUACAAGCCUCAAACUUUCGAUGCAUCAUUCUCUCGUUUUGUCAUUAACGGUACAAAUGAAUGAUAUUUAUGCAGAAUUUUGAAAAAGCGCAUAACACUGCCCUUCAUAGAAAAAAAUGGAAGUUCAUCACAUUUUUCUAAUCUAUACAAAUACAAUAAUUCACUACACAGUAUUCGAAGUCUCAAAUGAUAUCUAAAUAAACUUUUUCCAUUCUUAUCAUGAAGCUUAUUCCUCAAUGAAUAAUUCAAACAGAAUCUUUUUUUUGAUUUAAAACAGUAAGACAUAAGCAGAUCCUCGUUAAUAUAUGUGUGAUUAUAUGUACAUAUCCUUUCAUCUCCUGUUCAAGAACAAGUAAACCUAUCAUUGUCAUAAGGUUGAUUGAAAUUCUAGUAGUGUUCAGAAUGUGAACUAGUAUACGAUAAAUUUAAUGUGAGAGUGUUCAAUAUCAGCAUGCAUCGAUUCUGCUGAAAAAGUUAUCAUUUUAUUUCUAAUGCGGGUGUGGAUGCAUCGUUGUUCUACACCUUUAUUUUUGUCGAAACAAAGGUCGAUUAAAAAACAAACUUUCACGGUUUACCAAUAGACAAGUUAUAUCUGAUAGAAAUAAUAUAUAACAAUGUUUGGAAUAAAAUUUGAAUUGCAAAUGAAAUCUUGAGAAAUUAUAUUUUAUAGUAAUUACGACUAAAAUAAAGUUUUUUAAUUAUAAUUAUGCAGCAUGGAAAUCAACGAAUUGAUUUUGAUCGAGAAAUUUUACAAAAAGCACGUUCAAUAUAAUCCCAGGUCGAUGAUUUCUGAACCCGUAUUCCAUGAACUUUUAGCAGAAACUCACUGAAAACACACCGAUUCUGAGAGGAACCGACCCGGAUUUCUCGACCUGGAUAAAAAAAAGUUGUUAACGCAAUGUCUGUGGGAUUAAAAUGUGAAACACAAUGAGACUUCUUUGCUGGAACCCAUCUACCGCGGCCCUGUGUUAUGGUGUAUGGUGCUGCCAGAGAGCAUCACAGGCUAUUAUAGAGAAAUUAAAUAAUUUCUCUGUAACGGUGUGGUGACAGGAUUCAAAUUUCUACCCUAUAUACUUCAACACUUCUUUCAGAUCGCGUUUCAUACGAUUAUAAUUUCUUAUGCGCUAGUAACUUUGAAAAUCGACAAUAAAACAGUUAUAUGUGACCGUAAUAAGUUGAUUCAACUGCUUGAUAUUACCAUUUUAUUUCAUUUAUCGCUAUGGUUAAAUUAGUUUCUUACUGUCUUUGAACAUUAUGUGUCAAUUAAUGUUUUAAAUAACGAAAUUAUCCGUCCUAAUCGAUGCGAUUUCGGUUCGCAAUCGAACCUCUAGUUUCAAACAACUUUAACAGUUCAAACACAACCCAUGUUGCGAAUACUGGAUCAAUUUUUGCGGUAAACCGCGGUAUUUAUCCGUUCUGCGGUAACGGGAGCCGGUAACCGGACCAGUAAAACCGCGGUAAACCGCCGAUUUUAUGCGGUUUUUAUUACAUGGGAAGCUACACUUUAAAAAAGGUUCCAUAUGGAACCUUUUAGGGUCAAAAAUGGUUUCGUAUGUGCCACGGAACUUAAAAAUAGUUUCUUACAUACUACGAAACUGAAAAAAGGUUUCGAGAUUUGCAACGAAAUCUAAACCUUUUGAAGGUUUGGUAGACUUUCAUCGGAACCUUUAAAAAAGUAUCCUAGACUCUUUAUAAAUCUUUUGAAAGCAGCUUAGGUCUAUACAAAACCUCUAAGAAGGUUUCGACUUCGUUGCAAAUUAAGUUCCGCGUGGAACCUUUUUUCUGAGCGUGCAAUUGAUCUUGCUUAUAAUGGUAAAAAUAAAAUGCUUUUAUUUAUUUAUUUUUCGCGCUAGUUUUCAUUUCUGUUGUUUUUUAAAGUUAACGAGCCAAUCUCCGCUCGGCGUCUAGUACAUGUUUUAGUUAAAUUAGGUAAAAUAUCAAAAUCAACAGAUCAACAACAACCGACUGCUUCACCACUGAUGUUACCUGAAGAUCGCGAAGUAAUCGAUAUUAUGACGCAAAGUAGAUCGAUUGGGGCGGCAUCAAGUCAUAUACAUUCAUCAAUACAUCCUAAUAGUUGGUAUUAA